GAUUCCCACCCACCCUUAACGCUAUGCCUCAGCUAGACCCCUCUCCUUGACUUAUUACUAUAGUAUUCUCAUGGGUCAUUUUCAUCUUUAUUAUCCCUGGCAAGGUUUUAAACCAUAAACCCCUUAAUAACCCUGCUUUAUUAGACUUUAUAGCCCUACAAAAUAAACUCUGAUUUUGACCAUGAUAGUAGACCUUUUUGACCAGUUUAUCUCCCCUACCCUUUUAGGAAUCCCCUUGAUUAUAUUAGCUCUCACCCUUCCAUGAACACUAUUCCCUUCCUCACCACCCUUAUGACUCAACACACGACUAACCAACGUCCAACUUCGAGUCUUUAUACAAUUCACACACCAAAUACUUCAACCCCUUAAUCAACCCGGGCAUAAGUGAGCCUUAAUCUUAACCUCAUUAAUAUUGUACUUAAUUACAUUAAAUCUUCUAGGAAUACUACCAUAUACCUACACCCCUACAGCACAACUUUCCCAUAACUUAGGGCUGGCUGUACCUAUUUGACUAGCCACAGUAAUUACUGGUAUACGAACUAAUAUGACCAAUGUUUUAGCACAUUUUCUUCCUCCCGCUACCCCAUCUGCUCUUAUCCCUGCUCUCGUAAUCAUUGAAACUAUUAGCUUAUUCAUCCGACCCUUAGCAUUAGGUGUACGGUUAACAGCUAACUUAACAGCAGGCCACCUUCUGAUGUACCUUAUAGGUGCCGGGGCAUUUGCCCUUUCUUCAAUUACACCUCCCGUAGCUGGCCUUACCUUUGUUAUUAUGCUUUUAUUAACCCUCUUAGAGUUUGCUGUAGCCAUAAUUCAAGCCUAUGUAUUUGUCCUUCUUUUAAGUUUAUACUUACAGGAAAACGUCUAAUGGCCCAUCAAGCACAUGCAUACCAUAUAGUUGAUCCCAGCCCUUGGCCCUUAACAGGGGCAGCUGGCGCCUUUUUGUUAACCUCAGGCUUAGCAAUUUGAUUCCAUUUCAACUCAUAUACACUUCUCACCCUUGGUAUUAUUAUUCUUUUAUUAACUAUGUUUCAAUGAUGACGAGAUAUUAUCCGUGAAAGCACUUUUUUAGGACAUCAUACCCCCCCUGUUCAAAAAGGCUUACGCUACGGAAUGAUUCUCUUUAUUACUUCGGAGGUGUUCUUUUUCCUAGGCUUUUUCUGAGCUUUUUAUCACUCUAGUUUAGCCCCUACUCCAGAGCUUGGAGGGUGCUGGCCACCCUCUGGAAUUAUCACCCUUGACCCUUUUGAGGUCCCCCUAUUAAAUACUGCUGUCCUCUUAGCAUCAGGUGUAACAGUAACCUGAGCCCAUCAUAGCAUCAUAGCAGGCGAACGCAAGCAAGCCAUCCAAUCCCUCACUCUAACAAUCCUACUAGGGUUUUACUUUACGUUUCUUCAAGGAAUGGAGUACUACGAAGCCCCUUUCACAAUUGCCGACGGGGUUUAUGGUUCCACUUUUUUUGUAGCUACAGGCUUUCACGGCCUCCACGUAAUUAUUGGAUCCACAUUUCUAGCAGUUUGCCUUAUCCGACAAAUUCAAUACCAUUUCACAUCCGCCCAUCACUUCGGGUUCGAAGCUGCCGCUUGAUACUGACACUUUGUAGACGUAGUGUGAUUAUUCCUUUAUAUUUCCAUUUAUUGAUGAGGAUCAUAA